UUCGGCGGAAGGUCACCGUGGAGAGGAAGUGAGAGUGGGUGUCCAUCCGCCAUUGUGGAAGCAAGAGAGCGCAAGAUUAAAUGAGAUUUUUUUUUUUUUUAAUCAGGCAACAGACAUAGUUCCAGUGAGUGAUAGAUACUCCCCCUUCCCUGCCUGAGAGAUUCGAAACAAAACGAACUUUGACGUCUUUAAUUCGGGGAAACGAAUAACACAGUGAAGGGAAAGAAACAAAACAACCAAAAAAAAAGAAAAAAAAAAUCAAAAAACCCACCGCCUUUAAUACGGACAGAUUGAACACUGUAACCAGAGACACAGGAGAGAACGCGGACAGCAACAUUAUAGAGCAAUACGCUCGGGUUUCCUGAAGAAUGUCUGCUACCAGUGUCGAUCAGCAGAGACCUAAAGGACAAGGGAAUAAAGUGCAAAACGGCUCAAUGCAUCAGAAGGAUACAGUAAACGAUGAUGACUUUGAGCCUUAUUUAAGCAGCCAGACAAAUCAGAGCAACAGCUACCCACCAAUGUCGGAUCCUUACAUGCCUAGUUAUUAUGCUCCUUCAAUUGGAUUUCCAUACUCCCUUAGUGAAGCAGCCUGGUCCACAGCAGGUGACCCCCCUAUGCCCUAUUUGACCACAUAUGGACAGAUGAGCAAUGGCGAACAUCAUUUUAUCCCGGAUGGUGUUUUUGGCCAGCCAGGGGCCUUGGGCAACACGCCUCCCUUCCUGAGCCAGCAUGGAUUCAACUUCUUUCCUGGCAAUGCAGACUUUUCCACCUGGGGGACUAGUGGUUCUCAGGGACAAUCAACACAGAGCUCUGCCUACAGCAGCAACUAUGGCUAUCCCCCCAGCUCCCUGGGCAGAGCUAUCGCUGAUGGGCAGGCUGGAUUUGGCAGUGACAGUCAGCUCAGCAAGGUACCUGGCCUUAGUAGCAUCGAGCAAGGUAUGGCUGGGCUGAAGUUGGGUGCAGACAUGGCGGCAGUGACAAAAACGGUAGGCUCGUCCCUGGGAGGUGCAGUUGGCAUGAACAGCAUGGUAGUCAACAGUAUGCCCCCUGUCAGUUCUUCCGCCCCCAAGCCCACCUCGUGGGCUGCUAUCGCCAGGAAGCCUGCAAAACCCCAGCCUAAAUUAAAACCCAAGGCAAACAUGAGCAUGGGUGGUGGGACUGCUGUCCCCCCGCCACCGAUAAAACACAACAUGAACAUUGGCACCUGGGAUGAUAAGGGGACCACAGCCAAGCCCCCAAUGGCACAGCAAGUUUUGCCACCCCAGCCCCUUAUGCAUCAACAGCUCCUGGCACAGCCACAGCCCUUGAUGCAUAACCAGUUGCCUCCUCAACAACAGCAGCUGCACUUGCAGUCAGCUCAGCCACCUCAACAGCUGCCACUAGGACCCAUGCAUCAGCACCAUAAUCCACACCAUCAGCACCAACACCAUCAGCCCCAGCCGGGGCAGCCUCCACAGCUACAGCAACCUUCUCUACAACAGCAACCUCCCCAGCAGCAGCAGCAGCAGCAGCAGCCUCCACCUCAGAACCGGUGGGUGGCUCCUCGCAACCGGGGCGCCAGCUUUAACCAGAAUAACGGUGCAGAGAACUUUGGUUUGGGGAUGGGAGCGCCCCUUAGCGCUCCCCCUUCUUCUGGGGAGGUUCACCCAGUGCUGGAGAAACUGAAGACCCUCAACAACUACAAUACCAAAGACUUCGACUGGAACCUUAAGAAUGGCCGUGUGUUUAUCAUCAAGAGCUACUCUGAGGACGAUAUCCACCGCUCCAUCAAGUAUUCCAUCUGGUGCAGCACUGAGCAUGGUAACAAGCGUCUGGACGUUGCCUACCGCUCGCUUGGCAACAAGGGCCCUCUCUACCUGCUCUUCAGUGUCAACGGCAGCGGACAUUUCUGUGGAGUGGCAGAGAUGAAGUCUGUGGUGGACUAUAAUGCCUAUGCUGGCGUGUGGUCUCAGGACAAAUGGAAGGGCAAGUUUGAGGUCAAGUGGAUCUUUGUCAAGGACGUUCCCAACAACCAGCUGCGGCACAUCCGCUUGGAAAACAAUGACAACAAACCAGUCACCAACUCCAGGGACACUCAGGAAGUGCCCCUAGAAAAGGCUAAGCAAGUGCUUAAAAUCAUAGCUACUUUCAAGCAUACCACCUCAAUCUUUGAUGACUUUGCACAUUACGAGAAGCGUCAGGAGGAGGAGGAAGCCAUGCGUAGGGAGAGGAAUAGAAACAAACAGUAACCUUAUGGAGAGGUCCCUACUAGAACUGCAACACUAAUUAUGUAGACCCUUAAAUGCUUAACUUCAGAGGAAGAGGUUAUAAAAUGUUUUCUGCUGAAGACUACAUCUCCGAACACUUAACACAACAGUGGACUCUGUAUUGGUUCUUGAUGCAUCUGCCCUUAACUCCUGUCACACACACAAAAAACAAACAUUUAAACUGUGUCUUUGUUAAGCUUCUUCCAAUAUCUGCUGUCCUCUGUAACACAUCCUAGUAAUAAUACAGGAGACUUGAGCAAUUGUGUGGAUCUCUUUAACUUUCUUUGGAUUUGUUUGUUUUGUUACUAACAAACUAACCUGUGUAGUGGGUUCCAAUAACGUGAAGUUUCACAAUGCUUCAAUCUUUGUGUUGUAGAUUUUUUUUUUUUUUAUUAUUUGGUAAGUUUUAGCACUUUCAGAAGAGGAAGAAAGAAAUCUGCAAAUCUUGCCAGAAUUAGAUUGAAAUGAUCUUGCCCAAACUCUGUUAUGUGGAAAUCAUGAUAGGAAUUAAGGCACAUCACUCUGCAGUUUGCUAAAUGAAAACCAACCACAAAUAAUCAUACGGUUGUUCUAGACUGACAUUACCCAUGUUUAUAAAUGUGUUUUGUGUACUACUAAAGAGAAUAUUAUCAUGCGGCUUGGUGGGUGUCACCAGUUAAUACACACAUUUGUUUUUCCUGUAAUUCUGUAAUAUGAAAAAGUGCAUUUGUCUAAGGAGAAAUUUGUUUGAUGCUACCAGUGAUCAAACUAACCUGAACUUUGAAGUAAACAUACCUCAGUCUAAAUCAGACUUUUUAAGACCUCAGUAACUGCAUUUACAAUGUAAAUUCCUAGCUCUGUGUGUUUGCCUGAAGGCAGAAUACUAUCAAGGAUGUGGCAUUUUUCUCCUCUAGGUGAUUCACUAGCUAAAUAAACAAUACUUGUUUAGCGACA